CUUUCAUUUCUUCACCUGUAAACCAUCCCACGACUCAACAAGUUCCUCUCCUUCUCAAACUUGUACGUUCUCCAAAACCAGGAUUACAAUGGGUGUCAUCACUUUGGAAAACGAGUUUCCCGUUGCCGUCGUACCAGCCAAGCUCUUCAAGGCAUAUUGCCUUGAUAUCGACACUCUUAUGCCUAAAAUUCUACCCGGACACAUUAAGAGCUCUGAGAUAAUUGAAGGAAAUGGAGGGCCGGGAACCAUUAGAAAGAUCACUUUUACUGAAGGUAAGGAACUCAAUUAUGCCAAGCAGAAGAUUGAAGCAAUUGAUGAAGAGAACUUAACCUACAGCUUUAGCUUGAUUGAAGCUGAUGUCUGGAAGGAUGCAGUUGAGAAGGUCACUUACGAGCACAAAUUUAUACCCGCUCCUGAAGGAGGAUCCAUCUGCAAGAGAACCAGCACAUAUUACAUCAAGGGUGAUGCUGAGGUGAACAAAGAUCAAAUCAAGGAUGUGUAUGGCAAAAAAACUGCAGGCUUGUUCAAGGCUGUUGAAGCUUACUUCUUGGCAAAUCCUGACGCCUAAAUCUGAAAACUUCAAUAUUUCUACGCUCAUCAGAACAAUCUUGGAGCGACUUCGGUGUGGCUUUCGUUUUUUCUAUCUAUCCAGAACCUGUCUUUGGCGUUGCGAUGAUUUUUCUCCCUUUGUUCUUGGCAUAUUUUGCCAGCAGAUAAUAAUUAGUGUUUGCUAUUCUGGUCAAUUGGUUACUUUACUCUGUCGAGUGACAAAAGUCAUGCUUGAUCAAGUGUCUACAAUUACAAAUAAUAGAAGCAUUUUGUUAUGUGUGUUUUUUC